GUGGAGUCACUUGUUAAUGACCUUCACUGCAAGCUCUGUGAGAUUACCUGCGUUCAGACAAGAACCGGGACUUUGCGCUGCAUGAGAACACUUGCUUACCAUCAUCUCAUUGCUGUUAUCAACUGCCUCAUGAAAUACAACCUGCCAUAUGACCAGACAGUACGUGACUGUUGGCAAGUUUUGGCAGGAGAUGGCGCCACUGCACAGAACGUGCUGGACAGACUGCUAGAGUCUCUUGCACGUGCUGUGCCAUUCCAGGAGAAACCUGACCCACGCGAGCGGGACAAGACCAAAACUCUGCGCAUUGCCAAUAACCAGCCAUUAGCUGUGCUGAGCGCACUCGCAGAGAUCUUCAGGGCCGACAACUGCACUGCGACGAUGAUGCAGAACUACGCUCGCGUCUUCGUCACCCUGCUCACCUCCAUCGGCGUCAUGGUCGACGUGAAGGCCCCUCCCCACCAGAAGCAGGAGGAGAAGAAGGACGAGAAGCAGUCGGGAGGGAAGACGGGCCCACGCGGAGAAGACUGGGCAUGGGAUAUUCUCGCACCCAGCCGUGACCAGGUGCUAAAUCCCAGCAGGAUUUCUAUCGAGGCUCUGCGGAACUUUCUUGUGUGUACAGGCGGGGAUAUGAUCAUUGAUGGGUUGCAGCGCAUUGACGGAUGGAAGAAGCUGGCUGUAGCUGCAGACAUCCCUGAUGUCAUUUGUAAUGUAGCAAGGUCAUUGGCAGUGCAGAAACCAGAGCUAUUGACACAGGUCAUCACGGCUAUGAAUCCAUCACUAGCAAGUCUGUACGACACACAAAGAAUCGUCGCAGUAGCAUUUCUCGGGGAGUUGAUAGGUCACUGUGGGAAGGCGGAUGGCGCGCUCACUGAGAUCAUGAUGAACAGUUUAAUGACUAGGCUCGUCGAUCCCUCGCAGUCCGUCCGCAUGCUGUGCAUACGCGGCCUCGGUAACGUAGGCACUGCUGGAAACGAGCAGGUGCAGAAGUAUUCGACGACGGUGUUGUCGGCGAUGAUGGCAGGCAUGGAUGACCGUGAGGACAAGGAAGGCGACAUCACGUUGGCAGCCAUGUCUGGUCUGUCCAAGAUACUGGCGGCCAUCGACGAGCACCAUGUGCGGGGCAUACUGAUAAACAUUGCAUUGCGCAUACGUCCCUGCUUUGAGAAGGAGAGGGACGAGGUGAGGGCCGAGGCCUUCCGCUUGUUUGGAAAUCUGUCAAGAUUUUCCGACGGGCCGUCCCGCGAUCCGUUUCUCGAGCAGAUUCAUGCCAACCUGGUGAGUCUCCUGCUGCACCUCCAUGACAGCAGUGAGGAUGUAGUCAAGGCAAGCAAGUAUAGCCUGCGGCUGCUCGGUCCACGCAUCAGUUCCAGCUCCCUGAAUGACAUGUUCCAGAAGCACCUGCUAGACGAUGCUCACCUUCACUAUGGCGAGUUCAUCAAUGACCUUUCCAAGGUCCUGAUCGCCAGCUAUCCGGAGAAGAUAAAUUUCUAUGUGAUGGGUAAUGUGUCUUUCUUCAAGAGCUCUUGUCACAUGAUCAGAAGCAAUGCUGCAAUGUUUACAGGGUUUUUAUUAGGAAAUUUGCCAAAAGAGAAGCAAAUGUCAAUCUCAAAGGAGCAUGUUUGUGGAGUUAUGUGA